GACAAAAGCCCAACAGGAGAAGCCAUACUCGCAGGGCCAAUACAGCACUCUACAUUGAAACAUAAGUACAUGAAACUGUAUACAUGUAAAAAGUGACUGAGCAAAUGUACACAGUAACAUAAACAAAUACAAUGAUAGCAAAGGGACACAGAACAUACAUGAAGAAGGAACUCAGCAGGGUACCGACUUGUAACGCGCACAUUCCAGACGGUUACCUUGGUUGCUAUAAAGAUAGCCAUAAACGAGUCCUGCGAGAAAAGACGAAAACUUUUAUAUCAUCAAAUAGUGGAGAUAAAUGUAAGGCGUUUUGCAAGUCUGCUAAAUACAGAUAUGCGGGAACCGAGUAUAUGGUAGAAUGUUAUUGUGGCAAUCAAAUCAGGACACAAAUGCUCAGUGAAGAUUGCAAUAUAAGAUGUCCCGGAAGCAGAGAAGAAUACUGUGGAGGAUAUUGGCAUAUUUCUAUAUAUGAUACAUGGCUAUGUGCCACUAACCCAUGUAAACAUGGUGGCGGAUGUACAGACAUCACUGCACACAAUUACACUUGUAAUUGCACUGACCAAUGGACAGGAAAUAACUGUGAAAUUGAACUUUUAGAUGAUAGCAACAAAUCAUUAUUGGCGGUGUACACUUUGAUACCUGGAUUUGUCAUUGUUGUUGGACUUGUGGUUAUUGCUGUAUUUUUGAAACGGAGAUCUCGGAAUAAAAAUGAAGACACUGAAGUUAUCGUUCACGGUUCCGAUUUUGUGCAACAUUUACAUGAAAACUCAGCAGGGACAGACCACAAAUCAACAGAAAACAACAUUUCGUCUAAAAGUGUACUUGAAGCACUACCACAAGUCACAGAACAUGAACUUAAUAAUACAGAAGCUGCAAUAUACAAUGAAAUAUACUCUGAAAAUGUAGUGAUGGACACUGAUUAUAAUGUUCUUAGUUUACAACACGUCAAUGAGACACAUCGAGAAUUUACAUACGAUCAUAUGGAUAUUAAAGCAAAUUCCACUAUGGAAAAUUGUUACUCUAAUAUGUCGGGCAGCACAAUUAAUAAAAUCAAGACUGAUGCCCUCAGUAUGUACUCGCAUAUUGGUAAAGUUAAAGCUGACAUCGCAGAAGUUGACAUAACGUAUGACAAACUUGAAAACUCGAACCAUUUAGAUAUUAAAAUCACUAGCUACAGGGAUAAAACAAUUGCUGCUAACGAUGAAUACGAUCGUUGUGAUAUAAAAUCAGGACACAUUAAACAAUUAGAUGUAGGCAAACAUUCACAUGUUGACACAGUUGUAUCAAACAUACAGGAAGCUAAAUACAAGAAUUUUAACAGCAAAACUAAUUAUCUUGACAAAGAGAAUGAAUAUGCCGUAAUUUAAUUAAAUCAGACAUCAGUCGUUAACACUAAUUCCACGCAUGUAAUUGUUUAAGUAUAGUGUCUUUUUAAGCAUGGUUACGUUUGAUUAAUGACUUUUUAUCUGUGUUAAAAUAAACAUAUUUUCGUCACUAAGCUAAAUAAACCGCAUACAUGAAUUUACGCACGUUAUGUUCAUAAAAGUGAUUUUAGGCCUGUGGCUACUGGGAAAUUUCAGCCCGAUCAAUAUUAUGUUUAUAUCGCAGGACAGAACAAACCAUUUUUAGGAAAGUUCCAUUCAAAUGUGGUAAUUUAAUUUGUCAGUUUUGACGUCAUUAAUGAUAAUGAUACUGAAGUUUUAUUUCUUAAUGGUAAGGUGCGUUUUACAAUUUUUUUUUCAUUUGUUUUCAAAUCAUAAGACUUUAAAUGACUUUGAAGAUGUAGUGUCAAUGUUUACUUAGUUUUACAGUAAAUUUUCUGAAAAUUGA